CCCUUCCCACUUCUAUUCUGACCGUCUAUGUCUAUGAAAAUCAUCUAAUAUCUUUCUCAAAGACAUAUGAAGAACCUCCGCACCGGCCAGGAAUAUGCUGCAGAAGUGAAAGCAGACUCUCCCGACGACCCAAAGUUUCAUAUUUGUCUUGGACCUGGUGUUGCUCAGUUCUUCCAGGAGUGGGCCACUGCGAAAGACAGAGCAGAUCUACCGAUAUUCAACAAUGUCACAUUUACCGACAUGAUAGUUAUGGAUCGCCGUGGCCAAUGUCAUGAUCUCAGUUCGGGGACGGAGGACUACUGGAACAUGAUUGACGCAGACAGGAAGGUUGCCGUACCGGAGGGAAUCAACGGUAAGAGUUUUGUAGUCUACUCCCCCGGGGGGGAAACAUGGAUACCACACAAGAAUGCCCAGUGCUGAUCGAUCGUCCUUUACUCGACGGAUUAAACAUUACAAAGGUCUAGGAAACCCUUCUCAAUAUUAGUAGAUCGCCGAAUUAACUAUUACUCAACAACUUCUCAACUGCCCAUUUAACAGAGAAAUUC